CACUCACAACUUUGCUGCAUGCUGUGCACGGGGGGCCGGCGGUCUAAACCAGGCAGAAAUACAUUUAAUUUUCUUCCGUAAAUUGAGCAUAGCUUGAGAUUUGUUGUGACAAUAUCAUGGACCCUGCACACGUAUCUCGUCUGAAGGAAGAGAUUGAACGAUGCUUGGACGAAACAGAGUCGAAAACUAAGAAAUGGGAGAAGUUUAAAGAUGACUACACUGCACUUCAAGACAGGCUCAGAUCUCUGCCUGACAAAGUGUCUCAUAAUAUCAUGGUUCCAUUUGGAUCUGUUGCCUUCAUGCCUGGCCAAAUCGUACACACAAAUGAAAUCAUGGUUCUACUCGGGGACAACUGGUUUUGUGAAAGAUCCGCUAAGCAGGCUUGUGAAAUAGUUGACAGAAGGAAAGAAAAUGUGGACAGCAUGCUCUCAGAUCUAGCCAAGCAGUCAGAUCUCUUGAAAUCCAGGCUUGGUUUUACAUCAGAACUAAAAGACAUGAGCGAUAACAAGGGUGAUCUUGUUGACAUUAGAGAGGACUACGACGCUGAGAAGGAGGCUAGAUGGAGAGAGGAACGAAAAGCAAAGAAGAAAACUGCGGCUUCAGGCGUCACAAAGAGCAAGAGCUCAGAGAGUCAUCAAGGGGACAUGGGUCAGGGGUCAAAUCAACCAUUGAUUGGUGGUCGAGGGCAGGCCAUCACAUCGCACAACUCAGAAGGUGGAGCCAAGACGAGGGAGGAGGGGGAGGGGGACAGGGGGAGAGUGGAGGAGGGGGACCAAGCAGACGCAACAGGGAGGAGAAUGACUGAGUUGUGGGCGAGGUUGGACGAGCUCGAAAGACAGGAAGAAGAAUUAGACGAGUUGGCGCGACAAGACGAAAACACUGUACCUAGUAAAAAUCCCAACAAUUCUCAGAGUGGGGAUGACACAGGUCGGCAUGUUCGAUGGGAAGAUGAUGAAUAUGAAGAAUCAGACUCAGACGAUGACACUGCUGACCCUAAGCCGACUACAAUCACCUUCAGGCAUACCAAGGCUGUCACGGAUACCGAGACACCUGUUGCAAAGGAAUCGCCCUCUGCCUGUGCUCCCUCUGAAAUCUCAACGACACUUCUCAGCCCUGCAGACAUUUACAAGCAGUACCUAACUACAAUGGGUCAGAAUCCAGGGGGAGGGACCUCACUUGAAGAAGCUGCACCUUGUGAUGAAACCCAUGGGAAGGGUCAGCUGUUAAAAUCAAUUCUCAAGAGUGGGCCAAGAUCCCAUCUGGUUAGGGCACCAGAGGAGCCAGAAGGGAUGCAGAAAAAGGAGGCAAAAAAUCAUGUGAUACUCCCAGCUCCACCCUCGGCAUUCUCAGGUCAAGUAACAGAAAGAGAGGAGACACGGGUCGUUCCUGAAGUAGUAAACUUGCCUCCUACCAGUAGCGAACCACCAGCCCCGCCCAAGAAAGUGUCUCGAUUUAAAGCGGCCAGACAGAACCAACAACUCAGGUGACACUCCCAACGUUAUAUUCAUCGUUAUAAAUAUUAUGUGGACAUUCCUUUGUUCUAUUUUGGAACAUGUUUAUUACUUUUGAUCUGUGGGUUGAUUUUCAAGUCUGUUGGAGUGUUGAAGUCUUCUUUGAGGUGUAGAAGUUCAUGAAAAUUUCACAGUGCAACUUUAGUAUAAAUAAUAAUAGUGGCAAUUUAUAAUGCGCCAUGUCUGUCUAAAAGACACUCCUGGCGCAGGAGAGAUGCAAACCAAGUUGACAAUAAGUCGUAUACAAAGAUUUAAGCACAAAAAUAGGAGUGACUUGUCGGAGAUUUGGGGGGGAGUUCGUUCCACAGUGAUGGGCCAGAGUGUGAGAAGGAUCGAGCUCCCCAAGAGAAGAAGUUAAGUGUUGGAUGAUCUGAGCUGCCGAGGUGGUGUGUGAAGAUAAAGUAUGUAUUUAGUAUGAGUAAGUAUACUUUUUUUCUCAAUCAUUGGUUUUGUAGAUGAAGUCUGCCUUAGUUUGCCAAGUCCACCUGCUCCCACAGAUACCAACAUUAAGGUUCACUCAGAAUACAUUAAUUUUUUUUAAAUUCAAUCUGUCAAAAGAAAUGGCUGAAAAUUGAAAUUAAGUUUUCUGUUCAAAUAAUAGAAAAACUAUCUUUGAAGUUCAAAUGUUUACAGUCAACCUAGUUUCAAUAGCUGACUACUGCUCCCGGUGGAUGGGGAGAAUUUUCUCUUAGGUUGCAACUAGAAUAGGUUGCCUGUUGGAAGCAAGGAGAAAGCUAUUGAAUUGAAAUCUCCUGAGAUGGCUGAAAUUUUAAUUUGAAAUAUCUGCUAAAUUUGAGACAUUACUUUGUUAUUUGGUCAUGUCAGUGUACGUGUAUAGGGUAGUCAAUAUUUAAAGGCAGUGGACACUAUUGGUAGUUUCUUCAAAUAAUUAUUUGCAUAAAACCUCACUUGGUAACGAGU